AUGUUCUCCACUUCGAAGGAUUUAUCGGCCAUAUGCCGAGGUGCUGCUCAGGGUUCAGCCUGCGGCAAUGACUACCGUGUUGUACUCCCUCGCCUUCCCACCGGUAAGCUUGUUGUGGACUCUGUCUUUCUACAUGCGGACUUAGCUGGUCGCCCCUACCGGGUUCAAGAUUUUAGAGAUGCUCUUCGGGACAUCAUUGACUUGAAGGAAAUAAGCUCCAUACGUCAAUUUCAAAUGUCUCAUGUUUGGAUGGUCACAUGCAAAUCAACGCUGACGAAAACAAAGUUGGUCACAAAAGGCUAAUUUUUCGUCAAAAGUCGUCGAUGCCUCGUUAUAGACCCGGAGCCCACGGAAGUGAAGUUGAAGCUCAUGUGGCUUCCUGAGCGCUUGGAGGACGCCUAUGUGUGCGAGGCACUGCAAGCUUUUGGGAAGGUUAAAACAAUAUCACAAGAAAACUGGAAAGUAGCGGACAUGGAACAAAUGCGGACGCUAAAUAGGGAUGUUGUUUUGUCCCUUGCUGAUGGAGUUCGCAUUGCGGAUAUUCCUCAUAUUCUUAAUGUCUGCGGAGUGCAAAGCCUCGUCCUGAUACCUGGCCGCCCACCACUUUGCCUUCGGUGCAGUAAGGUUGGACACAUCCGUCGAAACUGCAGGACCCCUCGCUGUGACAACUGUCGACGCUUCGGUCAUUCGGCCGAAGAUUGUGUUAUGACAUACGCCAACAAGCUGCGACAGCACACAAAACAGCCAGAUGAUAAUCUACAAGAGCAUAUUGUGGAUGCCACCGAGGUUUUGGAUGCAACGGGAGACACUCCGUCAAUCUGGCCUCUCAUCAAAACUGCUGCCGAAAUACCAAGGUUCCUAUACAAUGUAAUCGAGCGAACAUCUUCGGUCAACUACCUGAUCGAACCAAUCGAACAGUCUUCGGACAUGCGCUGUCGAGGGAUAUACCGAUGGGCGAACGAUCUGGAUACGACCUUGGUGACGAGGUUAACUUCGAUAUCGGGCAUCGAGACGCUACGAAAUAGCUACGAGAAUGCCGACAAGUUGAGCCUUGUAGAAGUGAACGGCACGGAGCUGCUGCUGAAAAUGACCUUGGAGAUGGAGAAGAACUUGCAGCGAAAGAAGAACGCACUCAAGCGUUUGGUGAAAAAGGCGGAGGAGGCAGUGGUGAAGCACAAAUACGCGUCCGAUCUCACGCGGGACGAGGUGGGCGCCGUCCUGAUGAAAGAACUCACGGAAGGCGACGGCACGCUUCGCUACAGCGAAAAAUUCCACCGCUUCGUGAACGAGACGUUUUCCGGCGUACACGUCCCGCUGGAGAUCUUCGACGAAGACCCAGAGGUACUGAACGGACUCAAGUGGUCGCAGGCCUUGGACGCAGCCUUUCGACAGAAUGCCGAGAAGGACCCGGAUCUCCUGUGGCAGUACUUCGGAAGCAAAGUGGGAUACAUGCGGAUGUUCCCAGCAAAUCGUUGGAAGGUCGCCCCUGGAAAGCCCGACCUGUUCGACGUCCGAAUGAGACCUUGGUUUAUAGAUGGUUCCAGUUCACCGAAGGAUGUCAUCGUAUUGAUGGACACGAGUGGAAGCAUGCACGGGCCGUCCAUGGAAAUCAUGAAGUUGUCUGUGAAGUCACUGUUGAAGACUUUUGAGGAAAAUGAUUUCGUCAACGUGGCUUCGUUCGCAGGCGAAGUUCGGUGGGUAUCCUGCUUCGACACAUUGGUGCAAGCCAACAGACGCAACAAAAGAAUUCUUUCCAAGAGUAUUGAUCGGGUCAUUGACGGUGGCACUGCAAGCUUGUCGCACGCACUCGACUUCGCCUUCCGCACGAUGGCCGACUUUCAAGAAAACAAGACAGGCCAUGCUGGUGCGGAGUGCAUACAGAUGAUCAUGAUCUUCACGGACGGUGGAACUGAGGAUCCUACUCCUCUAGUGGAAAAGCUUAACGCUGAUCUCAAGAUUCGUAUCUUCACCUACGUGGUCGGUCCACACCCGAUACCGUACGCUACACUCAAGGCUCUCGCUUGCAAAAAUCGAGGUUACUUUACUGCCAUCACGUCGUUUGGUGCGAGCAGAUACAAAGUGCAGGAAUACCUCAAGGUGCUCAGUCGGCCAAUGGUGCUCUCUGGGGACAAACAAUUCACGUGGACAAACUUUUAUCAAGACUCAGGGGGAAUAGGUCUGCUAACAACAGUCACACUGCCAGUCUACAACAGAACACACGGAACGAAGGACCAAACCAUUGUAGGAGUGAUGGGAGUGGACGUCUCGCUUGAAGAACUCAAGGAUCACGAACCCACGUACAAGAUUGGCCCCUCAGGCUAUUCAUUCAUGGUGAACCGAAACGGUUACGUCAUGUAUCAUCCCGACAUUAAGUUACAGCUGGGUUCUCUAGAAGAACCAUUGGACAUAGACUUUUUGGACGUUGAAAUUGAAAACCCUUUGAAAGAAAAGAUUCGCAGAAGGAUGAUCGACGGGCAUUCUGGGCAUGAGGCGGUGGUCAGCCUGAUGAGGAUGCCAGACGAGAAGCACCUAGUGCCUCACAAUAUGGUCUAUUACUACAGGCACAUGAACGACUCGGAAUUCGGCGUUGCUCUGGCAUUCCCUGAGAAGAGGAAGUUGUAUGUGCGUGUGGAAGGGAUGCGCGCUGAUGACGGUUUCAAGCCAGAGACAGAGAAAGGGGAUGGUGUCCUUUUGGCUCCGUGGCGCUACUGCAAGAACAUUCCGCGCCCCAAGGGACUGACGGGCAACAUCAGCCAAGUCCUGGAAGCGUAUAGGGCAGACCAUCGUCAGUGCGAUCCUCUACUCAUGCAGCGACUGCUCUGGGACAUCGAGAACACGCGAGCUGUGGUCAGCAAUUGGACGAGUGACGCCUUCGCUGAAGAAAGGGAUGGAAUUCUAGGGACAUUCGUGGGAACAGAAGGCGGACUAAUACGCUACCACCCUGACUCGAUAGCGGAGUACCUGGAGCCAGAGGCAAAUCCCCAAAAGGCGUCCUAUUUUAGGAGAGCGCUGUACGCCGAGGACUUCGUCUUCCUCAUCAGUAACGUGAAACGAACAUAUGGACCAAAUGCAACAAGAGAAAGUGUUAUUAUGGCAGCCAAAGCUGUUGAUAUCUACAUUAAGAAGUCAGAGCUAACACCAGCAGUCGUCGGUCUCAUCGUGGAAGAGCGCGUUAUCCACGCCUCCCUCAUGACAAUGUCUGCCAACGGAAGUUCAGGCGAGCACCUCCGUUGUGCGGACGAGGACUUUGUCGUCUGCUACCUUCUGGAUGAGGGAGGUUUCAUACUGACCUCCAGUACGGAUGACCACACUGAGAACGUCGGGAAGUUCGUUGGCGCUGUCGAUCCGGAACUGAUGGAUGAUAUGCUGAAGAAGUCGGUCUAUUUCAAGGUGGAAGAGCUGCAUACAGAAUCUCGGUGUCCCAGAAUGCGCCGAUACACAGCAGGUGCCCGAUCGUCGAUUAUGCCCCUUGAAAGCCUUGUCAGAGCAUUCGAUAUCAGCUGGAUCUUCGAAGCAUCGUCCUGGCAACUAAUAAAGAUGUGGCUGUACGCUUGGCUGCCUAGCUUGGGCGGCGGCGGUGGCUGGGGCGCCGAGUCGGCGUCGUCGGAGCACGGCCGCUACAUUCCGGAUGAGUACCGCGUCUGCACCACCCGCGAGGCCCUGUACCACUUUGGAGACCGGAGCAAAUACUUCAUGAGCAGCCUGGAAUGCGGUAACUGCUCCAGGCAGUACGGCGUGGGACGUGUGGGCUACACCAACGUGAUCCUGGUGAUAUCGACCGUGCCCUGCGCGCCCGUCUUCUGCGACCCGCCGCCGACGCCGCUGCAGGCGCCAAUCGAAGUUGAAGACCCCACCCCAUGUGACCAUCCACUCAGGUACAGGCGUCGUCCAGACAAAUGCUACGCUGACCAUGACAAAGAAGACUAUCACGUGUGCGGCGGAAGUGCCCAGCUCACAGCAAGCUCGGCGCUUCAGCUUCUGGCGUCGGCGUUGGUGACCCUGGCCAUUGUGACUAGACCGUAA